AUGUCGGUUGUAUCUCUCCUUGGGGUCAAUGUCAUGAACAACCCUGCCAAGUUCACCGACAGCUACGAGUUCGAGAUCACCUUCGAGUGCCUGGAACAUCUUGAGAAAGACUUGGAGUGGAAGCUGACCUAUGUCGGCUCGGCUACCUCUGACCAGUAUGACCAAGAACUCGACAGUCUCCUCGUUGGCCCCAUCCCCGUUGGUGUCAACAAGUUCAACUUUGAGGCUGCGCCUCCAAAGACAACCCGCAUUCCCGAUGCUGAUAUUUUAGGCGUUACUGUCGUCCUACUUACCUGCUCAUACGACGGUCGCGAGUUCGUACGAGUCGGAUACUAUGUGAACAAUGAGUACGAGUCGGAUGAGCUGAAUGCCGAGCCGCCUGCCAGGCCCAUUGUUGAGAAGAUUCGACGAAAUGUUCUUGCUGAUAAGCCCAGAGUCACGCGCUUUGCCAUCAAGUGGGAUUCUGAAGCCUCUGCCCCAGCCGAGUUCCCACCCGAGCAGCCCGAAGCCGAUAUUGUAGCUGAUGGAGAUGAAUACGGAGCCGAGGAAAUCGACGAGGAGGCUGAGGAAGAGGAGGCUGCCGAUGCUGCACCCGGGAAGAAUGGCGAGGGCAGCGCCACAGCCGCCGCUGUAGCUGCCGACGGUGACGCCGAGAUGGGAGGCGUCGAAGGGCCCGGAGCGCUUGCCGAGGAAGACGAGGUUUCCGAUGAGGGCAGUGUCGAUCUCGAGGACGAGAGUGAGGAUGACCUCGAAGAAGAGGUUGAGGGAGAGGAAGAGGCUGCCGAGGCUGGUGACGAUGCUAUGGAGGUCGACGACCACACGGCUGCCGAUGCGCAAGCUGGUAAGGAGGUUAUGGCCCACUGA